AAGGUGUCCUUGGAUAGCCUUUGAAGUCUAUUUUCAUAAUUGAGUGGUAUCUGUUCGAGAGGAGUGAGUAAUCAUCCAAAAAUCGAUCUGAAGCGAGCAGUGGUCUGUGAAUUCGAGCUGUGAGAGUGCUGAGACUGUUUGGUUGAUAUCUCGAGUUUUACCAAUCCAAUUAAGGCGUGUGAGAUACCAAAAGAAAGCUCUCAAGACGAGGAAUCCGUGAAGGUCUGGUUUGCAUCAAUCGGAGUAGAGGAAGGCUUCCAAAUCGUCCGAGAAAAACACAACCUCGCAGAAACGGAUUUACUCUUCUAAAGUGAGUUGUUAACCCCAAAUCCUUUCCAUUCAUUUUCCAAAUGAUAUGAACGAUUGGUGGGACUAUUGUACACUAAUCCAAGUGUAUAAUAUGUCCUUGAAAAGUUAUUUUAUUGAUGUAAAGGUUAGAUACUAACCUAAAGCAAAUAUUGGAAAACUAGGAAUGAAUCGAGUUAGCCGGAAAACACCCGUUCUAGGGGCUGUUUUCGUAUCAACGAUUAGGGGUUGAAAUAGCAACUUGAGGAAGCUGUUUAACACCCAUUUUCAAGCAAGGAACCAGUUCUCAAUCUUCCUUGGCCGAGGCUUUGGUCAUUGGAUCGAGAAGGAAGGUUUUAAAGCUCAUUUGAGGUUGAGGCUAGAGCUUGCUUCCUGUGCUCGUUGCUCGAGAGAUCAUAUAGGAGGGAAGACUUGGUUCGUGCUUCCUCCAUUCUGUUUUUAAACCUUUCUAAACAUGCUCAUGGAUAUUUUACUAUGGAGCCUGCGUGCUCAUGAAAUGCCUUGUGUGGCCCUUUUGUUUUAAACAAUGUUUCCGCUGCGUUAUGAAUUACUUAUUAUGUUUGUUUAUGGAUGUAUAUGUGUGAAUGAUAUUCAAGACGCCUUGUAUAAUAUGAAUGUGUUGGACUGCGGUUGACUAUUCGUAUUGUACGGCGGGUUGUUGACGUGUCCGGAUAGGUCCGGGGCGUGACAAUUAAGUUGGUAUCAGAGCCUUAGUCCAUAAACUUCAUAAUGAAGUCUCAAAAUUCUCUUUUCAAAAUGUUUUUUUUUUUUGAAAACCAUGAGCAAAAACGUUUUGUACUUAAGAACUUUUGGUGUUUGAGUUACAAGGUCUCUAAUUGUUAAGAUGGCGCCCUUAACGAUUGGUAUGGCGGCGACUUGGCCCAAGAGAUGUCUUAAGUACCUAUCUGUCAGUUGACAUUUGAAACGAGUCUAAUGACUCAUUCCAAUUAUUUCUUUCAGUGAUGGAGGGUGAUUGUGGUACUAUGAAUAGGGAGAACUCGGAAGGGUUUGCACCGGGUGGAACCGGGCAUGCCAACCGAGAAAAGCCCGUAGGAAUAAAGGUUCACGAAAUUCUAGAAGCUCAAAUCGUGAGUGGCGGUCAUGUUAGAACCAAUGAAGAAUCACCUUGUCAUAGCAAAAUUGAAACACUCAAGGCUUCGGGUGACGAGGGAGAUGAUUUGAGUGAUGAGAACCUUGAUGGUGCACCCAUUGAACAAAUGGGCAUGGUCAUAGAUUGGCUUCAACGUGAACGUGUGAGGCUUAUACAAAAACGCCAAGCUAGGCAAGCUGAGGCAUACCGUUAGUAAGGAAAAGGAGGUGGGGAGACAACGAUUCCCAAAGACAUUCAAGAAGGACAAAUGUUGAGGGUGACAAAACCUUCAGGGCGCAGACACUAUCACUUGAGUGGAGUCGGGUCUCGGGUGGCCAGAACUCGAGGUCAAAGGGUCCGAGGGUACCUAGGUGCAACAAUUGCAAGAAACACCACUCGGGUAAGUGUCACGACCCUCCUAAGUGCUAUCAUUGCACAGAGGUCGGGCACACGAGAGUGAGCUGCCCACAAACUGUGCAAAACCAAACUUCGGGGUCAAGUGGUGGAACUACAAGAAAUGAAAACCAAACCGAGGUUUCUCAAGGGAGCAGGGGACAUGGGGGAGCAAGCACGAGCAAUGCGCCAUCCGUGAACCAAGGAAGGACCCAAGCUAGGGUCUAUGCGAUGACAGAGGCGGAUGCUCAAGCUAACCCGGAUUCCGUUGCAGGUAUUGCCUCCCGUAUACUAGUGUUUUAUCCUUAAUUAGUCCAUAAAUUAAGGUUACUAAUCGUUGGGAUCAUUGCACGAAAUUUUGGGAUCAAACGGAGCGAAAUCGGGCGAAAGACGGCUGAUUUCCGCCAACGCACACCAGGCUGGACCAUACGCACGGCCGUGCGUUGUCCGUGCGUUGGUCCGUGCGUUGGUGGCAGUAGCAACCGGGAAGAAAUUGCUAUACGCACGGCCGUGCGUUGUCCGUGCGUUGGUCCGUGCGUUGGUGGCAGUAGCAACCGGGAAGAAAUUGCUAUACGCACGGAUGUGCGUUGCCCGUGCGUUGGUCCGUGCGUUGGUGGCAGUAGCUCCGUUUUGAGGUUAUAAGACACGCACGCCGUGCGUACCUCCUAGGCACGCCGUGCGUACCUCCUGGACAGCCCAAAGUCGACUUUUUCGCGCCGUAUUGCAACGUUAAGACCCGUUCUUGAUCCCAAACACGUGUGUGAACAUAAUAAACCUCUCUAAAUGAGUAGGGAGGGUAGGAAAGAUGUCUUACAUGGUUCAUGAAUGUAGGGACACUAAAGAUUAAUGGGAAGGAUGCGCGAAUCCUUAUCGAUACCGGGGCGCAACGUUCAUUUGUGAAUGAAGCGUUCGCCAAGAGUUUGGAAGUGCAAUCC